AUGGUAAAUGUAACAUUUUGCAUUUCCAUCAACCUGUUUCUCUACACUUUGCCUGAAGAAUAUGCUGUUAAGAAGUUGGAAUUUUGCCAGUACAACAGUUGUGAGAAGAAAGCUCUCUUCCAUGGGAGCUUGAAGCAAGAGUCUGAGCUACAAGAUGAAAAUGGGCACCAACAUUUCAGAGCAGAUGAAAUGUGGGAUCUGGUGGUUGAGUUCGGAGCCAGUGUCCGAACAUUCACUCCAUUUUAUUUUCUGGUGGAGCCAGUGGACACACUCUCAGUUCGAGGCUCUUCUGUUAUAUUAAAUUGCUCAGCAUAUUCUGAGCCUUCGCCAAAAAUUGAAUGGAAAAAAGAUGGGACUUUUUUAAACUUAGUAUCAGAUGAUCGACGCCAGCUACUUCCGGAUGGAUCUUUGUUUAUCAGCAAUGUGGUGCAUUCCAAACACAAUAAACCCGAUGAAGGUUACUAUCAGUGUGUAGCCACUGUUGAUAGUCUUGGAACUAUUGUCAGCAGAACGGCCAAGCUCAUAGUAGCAGGUCUUCCGAGAUUUAUCAGCCAACCAGAACCUUCCUCAGUUUAUGCUGGAGGCAGUGCCAUUCUGAAUUGUGAUGUUAAUGCAGAUUUGGUCCCGUUUGUGAGGUGGGAACUGAACAAGCAGCCCCUUCUUCUGGAUGACAGAGUUGUCAAGCUUCCAAGUGGCACACUGGUUAUCAGCAAUGUGACUGAAGGAGACGGGGGACUCUAUCGAUGCAUAGUUGAAAGUGGAGGGCCACCGAAGUACAGUGAUGAAGCUGAACUGAAAGUUCUUCCAGAUCUCGAGGAAACGCCAAACUUGGUAUUUUUGAAGCAGCCAUCUUCCUUAGUCAGAGUGCUUGGUCAGAGUGCAGUGUUGCCCUGUGUUGCUUCAGGACUUCCUAUUCCAGCUAUUAGAUGGAUGAAAAAUGAGGAAGCACUUGAUGUAGAAAGCUCUGAAAGAUUGGCCUUGCUGGCAGGUGGUAGCCUGGAAAUCAGUGAUAUCACUGAGGAUGAUGCAGGAACGUAUUUCUGCAUUGCAGACAAUGGAAAUGAGACAAUUGAUGCACAGGCAGAGCUUACAGUGCAAGCCCAACCUGAAUUUCUAAAACAACCUGCUAAUAUAUAUGCUCAUGAGUCCAUGGAUAUUAUAUUUGAGUGUGAAGUAACUGGGAAGCCAACUCCAACUGUGAAAUGGGUCAAGAAUGGGGACAUGGUCAUCCCAAGUGAUUACUUCAAAAUUGUAAAGGAACAUAAUCUUCAAGUUUUGGGUCUGGUGAAAUCAGACGAAGGGUUUUAUCAGUGCAUUGCUGAGAAUGAUGUUGGAAAUGCGCAGGCUGGAGCCCAGCUCAUAAUCCUUGAACAUGAUGUUGCCAUCCCAACAUUACCUCCCACUUCACUGACCAGUGCCACUACUGACCAUCUAGCACCAGCCACAACGGGACCACUGCCUUCAGCUCCUCGGGACGUCGUGGCCUCCCUGGUCUCUACCCGCUUCAUCAAAUUGACAUGGCGGACACCGGCUUCAGAUCCCCAUGGAGACAACCUCACCUAUUCGGUGUUCUACACCAAGGAAGGCACUGCUAGGGAGCGUGUUGAGAAUACCAGUCACCCAGGAGAGAUGCAGGUAACCGUUCAAAACUUAAUGCCAGCGACUGUAUACAUCUUCAGAGUUAUGGCCCAAAAUAAGCAUGGCUCAGGAGAGAGUUCAGCUCCACUACGAGUAGAAACACAGCCUGAAGUUCAGCUCCCUGGCCCAGCCCCUAACAUCCGAGCUUAUACCACGUCACCUACUUCUGUCACCAUCACGUGGGAGACACCACUGUCAGGCAAUGGGGAAAUUCAGAACUACAAAUUGUACUACAUGGAAAAAGGAACUGAUAAAGAGCAGGAUGUGGAUGUUUCAACUCACUCCUACACCAUUAAUGGGCUGAAAAAAUACACGGAGUAUAGUUUCCGGGUAGUGGCCUACAAUAAACAUGGUCCUGGAGUCUCCACACAGGAUGUUGCCAUUCGGACCCUGUCAGAUGUUCCCAGUGCUGCUCCUCAGAAUGUGUCCUUAGAAGUGAGAAAUUCCAAGAGUAUUAGGAUUCACUGGCAGCCACCUUCUCCAGCUACACAAAACGGGCAGAUCACUGGCUACAAGAUUCGCCACCGAAAGGCCUCCCGCAAGAGUGAUGUCACCGAAACCCUGGUUCCUGGGAGCCAGCUGUCUCAGCUGAUUGAAGGUCUCGAUCGGGGGACCGAGUAUAAUUUUCGAGUGGCUGCUCUCACAGUCAAUGGUACAGGCCCAGCAACUGACUGGCUGUCUGCUGAAACUUUUGAAAGUGACUUAGAUGAAACUCGGGUUCCUGAAGUGCCUAGCUCUCUUCACGUUCGCCCACUUGUCACCAGUAUUGUAGUAAGCUGGACUCCUCCAGAGAAUCAGAACAUUGUGGUUCGAGGCUAUGCCAUUGGUUAUGGCAUUGGCAGCCCUCAUGCCCAGACUAUCAAAGUGGACUAUAAACAGCGCUAUUACACCAUUGAAAAUUUGGAUCCGAGUUCUCAUUAUGUGAUUACCCUGAGAGCAUUCAACAGCGUCGGCGAAGGCGUCCCACUGUACGAGAGCGCAGUGACCAGGCCUCACACAGUGCCAGAUCCCACUCCCAUGAUGCCACCCGUGGGAGUUCAGGCUUCCAUUCUGAGCCAUGACACCAUAAGGAUCACGUGGGCAGACAACUCUCUGCCCAAACACCAGAAGAUCACAGACUCCCGGUACUACACAGUCCGAUGGAAAACUAACAUCCCCGCCAACACCAAGUACAAGAAUGCAAAUGCAACAACUUUGAGUUAUUUGGUGACUGGUUUAAAACCAAAUACACUCUAUGAAUUCUCUGUGAUGGUGACCAAAGGUCGAAGAUCAAGCACCUGGAGUAUGACAGCCCAUGGGACCACCUUUGAAUUAGUUCCCACUUCUCCACCUAAGGAUGUGACUGUUGUGAGUAAAGAAGGGAAACCCAGAACCAUAAUUGUGAACUGGCAGCCUCCCUCUGAGGCCAAUGGCAAAAUCACAGGUUACAUCAUCUAUUACAGUACAGACGUGAAUGCAGAGAUACAUGACUGGGUUAUUGAGCCUGUUGUGGGAAACAGACUGACUCACCAGAUUCAGGAGCUAACACUUGAUACACCAUACUACUUCAAGAUCCAGGCCCGAAACUCAAAAGGCAUGGGGCCCAUGUCUGAAGCUGUCCAAUUCAGAACGCCAAAAGCCUCAGGGUCUGCAGGAAAAGGAAGCCGGCUGCCAGACCUAGGAUCCGACUACAAACCUCCCAUGAGUGGCAGCAACAGCCCUCACGGAAGCCCCACGUCUCUAGACAGCAACAUGCUGCUGGUCAUCAUCGUCUCUGUUGGCGUCAUCACCAUUGUGGUGGUGGUGAUCAUCGCCGUCUUUUGUACUCGGCGCACCACCUCUCACCAGAAAAAGAAACGAGCUGCCUGCAAAUCAGUGAACGGCUCCCACAAGUACAAAGGUAACUCCAAGGAUGUGAAACCUCCAGACCUCUGGAUCCAUCACGAAAGGCUGGAGCUGAAGCCCAUUGAUAAGUCCCCAGACCCAAAUCCUAUCAUGACGGAUACUCCAAUUCCUCGCAAUUCUCAAGAUAUCACACCGGUUGACAAUUCCAUGGACAGCAAUAUCCAUCAAAGGCGAAAUUCAUACAGAGGACAUGAGUCAGAGGACAGCAUGUCUACACUGGCUGGAAGGCGGGGAAUGAGACCAAAAAUGAUGAUGCCUUUUGACUCUCAGCCACCCCAGCCUGUGAUUAGUGCCCAUCCCAUCCAUUCCCUCGAUAACCCUCACCAUCAUUUCCACUCCAGCAGCCUCGCUUCUCCAGCCCGCAGUCAUCUCUACCACCCGGGCAGCCCAUGGCCCGUUGGCACAUCCUUGUCCCUUUCAGACAGGGCCAAUUCCACAGAAUCUGUUCGAAACACCCCCAGCACUGAUACCAUGCCGGCCUCCUCGUCCCAGACCUGCUGCACUGACCAUCAGGAUCCUGAAGGUGCUACCAGCUCCUCUUACUUGGCCAGCUCCCAAGAGGAAGAUUCAGGCCAGAGCCUUCCCACAGCCCACGUUCGCCCCUCUCACCCAUUGAAGAGCUUCGCUGUGCCAGCAAUCCCACCCCCAGGGCCUCCUACCUAUGAUCCUGCAUUGCCAAGCAUGCCAUUACUGUCCCAGCAAGCUCUGAACCAUCAUAUUCACUCAGUGAAGACGGCUUCCAUUGGGACUUUAGGAAGGAGCCGGCCUCCUAUGCCAGUGGUUGUUCCCAGUGCCCCUGAAGUACAGGAGACCACGAGGAUGCUAGAAGACUCCGAGAGUAGCUACGAACCAGAUGAGCUGACCAAAGAGAUGGCCCACCUGGAAGGACUGAUGAAGGACCUAAAUGCCAUCACGACAGCAUGAUGGCCUUCAUGGGGACAUGACUCCAAGCCUGAGUCUGGAAGUCUUGGAACUUAGCCUUGCAAACAAGGAAUUGUACAGAGUACGAAGGACGCACUUGAGAGCACAGUGAGCCAGCAGACCAGCCAGCGCCUCCGCUGCGGCUGGCUCCAGGCACAGCCACCGGCCUUCUGAUCAGCCUGGACCACACGGGAGUCGAGGCAGCUUCCCUUUCCCUGCUGAUACCCUGCGGGACUGGGCACCACGGGCCAAAAUUUUGUGUCCAGGGAGGAGGCGGGAAGUGCAACCUGCAUUUCACGGUGGCCAGGCUGUGUCUUCGUGCUGCAUCUGCAUCACGUUUAUGGAGUGUAGACAUUGCGAUUUAUGUACAAUUUUAUUUCUGUCCUAUUUUAUUUUACCUUAAAAAAAACAAAAACAAAACACUAUCAAAACCCAAGGCGGUCCGUGAUGUUCUCCACCGGGGGCUGGCAUGUGACUGCUUGUCCCAGUGACGUGUGGAAAGUCGCGGACAGAGUGAACUGGUUGUUAUGUGGGGGUAGGCUUGUUUUUGGUUUUGUCUUUAUUUUUUAAUUCUGAGACAUUGCAUCCUCUGCCAGCUGUUAGUUAACCCAUCACUUUGAGGGAGAGGAAAUGUUGCAUUGCUGUUUGUAAGCUUUUUUUUUUAUUAUUUUUUAUUAUAAUUAUUAAAGACCUGACACUCUCCUCUCAUCACUGUGAGAUUACAGAUCUAUUUGAAUGAAA